CGAAUAAUGUAAGUUAGUAUGCAUUCUUGUUGGCUAAGCAACUUAACACCAUUUUUUUCUCUCUCUCUAGAGCUGUAGGUAAAACUUGCCUACUGAUCAGUUACACGACCAAUGCAUUUCCUGGAGAAUAUAUCCCCACUGUCUUUGACAACUACUCUGCCAAUGUUAUGGUGGAUGGGAAGCCAGUGAACCUGGGCUUAUGGGACACAGCUGGACAAGAAGACUAUGACCGAUUGCGUCCCCUCUCCUACCCGCAGACAGUUGGAGAAGCGUAUGGUAAGGAUAUACCCUCCAGGGGCAAAGACAAGCCGAUCGCUGAUGUAUUCUUAAUUUGCUUUUCUCUUGUGAGUCCUGCAUCAUUUGAAAAUGUUCGUGCAAAGUGGUAUCCAGAGGUGCGACACCAUUGUCCCAACACCCCUAUCAUCCUGGUGGGGACGAAGCUUGAUCUUAGGGAUGAUAAGGACACGAUUGAGAAACUGAAGGAGAAGAAGCUGACCCCAAUCACCUACCCACAGGGCUUAGCCAUGGCCAAGGAGAUCGGUGCUGUGAAGUACCUGGAGUGCUCAGCGCUCACGCAGCGAGGCCUCAAGACAGUGUUUGAUGAAGCCAUCCGAGCGGUUCUCUGCCCGCCCCCCGUCAAGAAGAGGAAGAGAAAAUGCCUGCUGUUGUAAACGUCCAGCCUCUCCUGCCCCCCCCGCCCCCCCCCCGGGAACCUUUGUACGCUUUGCUCAAAUGGUGGAGCCUUCGCACUCAAUGCCAAGUUUUUGUUACAGAUUAGUUUUUCCAUAAAACCAUUUUGAACCAAUCAGUAAUUUUUAGGUUUUGUUUGUUUAAAAGUGUAAGAGUUCAAACUUUCACAUUCUAUUAAAGUUUAGCCCUAAAAUGACAAGCUUUCUUAAAGCCUUAUUUUUCAAAAGCCCCUAUUCUUGCUCAGACUAAGAGUUGCCAAAAUACCUUGUGAGCUAAGUUGCAUUGUUGUGCUAAGAAUACUAAGCACUAAACCGUUUAAAGACCUUUGUCUCGGAGAAGACGGGGCCUCCAGGUGAGGAGGUGCUCGCGCGCUCUCCCUAGUUCAGAUGCUGGGAGCCGAGCGCCUCCUCCACGAGGUGUUGGCCCGAGCGCAUCAGUUUCUCAGCCCACGUCCACUACCAAACAUCGUACUGUAGGUCACAGCGACUGAGUGUAACAGCUCAGCUCUCUGGAUCAGUCUUUGAUUUCGUAGUGAAUUUUUUUUAAAUUAGUGUAUUAGCCUUUGUGAGAUUUUGAACAGAACCCUCCCUCACGUGUUCCCUCCGAUGAAGUAUUCUGCUCUGGCCGCGGUGCCCUGGGGUGGAGUGUGUGGAACACUUGUGAUCAAAGGAUGAAGACAGUAUUUUGACAAAAUAUGGAGAUUAACUUACACUACAUUGUACACAUAAUCACCUAUUAAAAGUGUCACGGGUGAAAAUUUUUGAAGGUUAAUUUCUAAUGCGGUAGAUGAUGAAGAAAGGUCGGUAUUACCAGUAGGUGUUUUCCUAAGCUUUUCUUUUUUCUAAACCUGCCCAUCCCUCCUGAAACUGGGCAUUUAAUUCAGCUUUGACCUGGUGGUUCUCAUAGUUGCUAACUUAGUGCUCUUCUCACAGAAGAACCCUUUCUUCACGAGCAGUACGCCUCCGUGUAGUGUAACAUCUUUCUGAAUGUGCAUCAGAACUUUUUGGUAGGUUAGUAGAAGUGCAUUCCUGUUUUCAUGUUCUUUUACUCAGAGCUACUAAGUGCUUUCCUUAGUUUUCUAGUAACGAGGUGUGAAAAUCAUGUGCUGCAGCUUUACAGUUCUUAAGAUACUGUUGUUGAACUACAGGCGUUCUUACCAUCGCUGUCCCACCAGAUCACCGACACCGCACCUCGACUAACAGCACUGACCCCGCCUCCCGCGUGCACGCACGCCGCCUGGCCCAGCCCUGACAGUGUUCCCUGGGUCUGUGAGGUUCUGUACACCCGUGCUAACCAAGUUCUGUACCACUUACCCACUGGCAAGAAUGCGAGCUUGGACCUUUCAACCACUAGAACAAAAGUUUUUAAAUCGACAGUUGCAGAAUUGUGGAGUGUUUUUACAUUGAUCUUUUGCUAAUGCGAUUAGCAGUAUGUUUUGCAUGUAUGACUUAAUAAAUCCUUGAAUCAUGA